AUGAAAUUUUUGUUGAUUUUUGUUGCUGUCGUCGUCGGUUCGUCAGCACUUUUGAUGGUUGAUGAGGACACGAUGCGACUUUUGAAGACUUUUCCGGAAAUCGUUAUUUAUGAUUUGAAGACGAAUAAAACGAUGGGACCGCCAUAUGUGGAGUAUCCGGUGAUAAAAGCAGAUGAAGCAGCAACAGAGGAGGGAGGUCAGGAGGGAGAAAUGCAAGAAGAAGAGAGCGGUUGGCCUUGUCAGUGUCAAGACAGGACGUGUGGAUGUUGUUUCGGGAUGAAUAUCGACAGAUUUAACUUCAGUCAAGAAAUGUGUGGCAACAUGAUAUACGAUCCACUGGAAUUUUCCAUGACAUUUAACAUGCUAAUGAACGGCAACAAUAUCUACACAAACACUCAAUCUGGUAAAAAUCCGCCUCCAAUGUGCAUGCCGAUGCCUGUUCCUUACAUCCCGAUCCGAAUGGAAAUGUGCAUGGUUUUGUCUAAUGUGAUGCAACCCGGAAACAACCUUCACGCCUGCAUGGAUCUAGAAUUUAAGAUGCAAAAAAUUAAAAUGCUGAUAAUCCACUUUGAUUGCUUCCGCAUGGGACAAAACAUGGCCUGGUUGAAGCCCGAAGACAAUGGCGGCGUCGACGAAUUCGGGCAGAUUAUACAAAACAAUAGACUGAAGCAAUAA